UUGGGAACUGGGAUGAGAUGCGGAAAUGAGGAAGGCGAGCCCACACGACCAGAGCAAAACCAAACUCUUCAGACAGCAGUUACGUUACGCAGGCCUAGGAACUGUUUUCUUCCAUUCCAACCUUACCUCGCGCCUUAGUUUGACACAUCUCCAGCAUCACUUUAGUCAGUUCUAGCUGCUCUGGCUGCCGCCGCCCUGAGGUGUUGUGGGCCUCUUAGCCUGUUUCGCGAAACUGGCCUUCACCUAAUCUAUCAGGAUCAGCGGCACCGCGUCCAGUAAUAGAUAUGUCGCAACCGUAGCACGCUUUUGAGUCGACUCAAAAUAAGCAGGGUCAGCGGCAUCGAGUCCAGUAAUAGACAUGUCGCAACCGUAGCACGCGACUCUCUCCCUCUCCCCUCGCCGGGCAAUCGGGGAAGGAUGGCCGCCAUCUCGCGCAGCAGCAGCAACCGCGGGAUCAGUAGCGGCGGCGGCGGCGGCUGUGCGACGCCAAGGCGACAGCAGCAGCAGCGGUGGUCGCACGACCGCUCUACCCGCGAGCUCGAGCAUCGUCGCCGUCUGGGACAAACCGCCCCGCCCAUGCUUCUUCUCCGCCUUGUCUGCUUCGUCUGCCUGACCUUUCUGCGCGCGCCCGCGCCGGUCCAUGGCGCGGACUGGGAGAGCAUGGCGCGUGAGCUCGAUCCCCCGGGCACCAUCCUCUGGUCCUGGACCAACUCGCGCUCGCCGUGCGACGCGCCGCCCUUCCUCGGCAUGGUGUGCGACGCGGCGGGCAAGGUGGUGGCGCUGUCGCUGCCGGACAUGGGGCUGUCGGGGCAGCUGCCGGGGGAGAUGGCGCAGAUGAGCGACGUCACGAGCAUCGAGGUGCCGAGGAACUACCUGCAGGGCGACAUCCCCAACACCAUCAACAACCUCGGCAACCUCCAGGUGGCGGACCUGGCGGGCAAUGGCAUCAGCGGGCAGAUCCCCGACCUGUCGCCCAUGCGGUCGCUGCGCGUGCUGCUGCUGGACGGCAACCAGCUGCAGGACGCGCUGCCCUACACCGUCACCGCGCUCUCCAGGCUGGAGCAGCUGGGGCUGAGUGGCAACAAUCUGGCCGGCCCACUGCCGUCCACGCUGUCAGCAUUAUCCAGGCUGACGUGGCUGCGUGUGGACAGCAACUUCCUGGUGGGCCCGCUGCCGCCCGGCCUGGCGGCCAUGGCAGGCGCGCCGGGCGCCAUGUUCAACCUCACGAACAACGAACCCAACCUUUGUGGGGACGCGCCAUGUCCCGGCGUGUCUUUAACACCAACAGACGCGCUCCCCCCCCCGCCUUCCCCAGCAUCCAUACCCCCCGCUUCCCCACCACCCGUUUCCCCCUCGCCUCCCCCUCCGCAAUCCCCCCCGAGCUCCCCCCCUCCCCCAUCCGCACCCCCCUCUCAGCCUCCCCCCUCCUCCCCUCCGCCUUCCUCCCCCUCUCCCCCUUCCUUACCCCCGCCUAGCCUGCCCUUGCCUCUCACUCCGCCCUCAUCCCCCUCCCCUUCUCUCUCUUCCCCACCUCCUCCUGACCCCUCCUCCACGUUUGCUGCGACCGAAACAUCCACCGUCCCACCUCCAACCACCACAAGCAGCAGCGGCAGUGGCAGCAGUGGCAGCAGUAGCAGUAGCAGCGGAGGGAGCGGUAUAAGCGUGGGGAUGGUGGCAGGGAUCAUCGCAGCAGUGGCGGUGCUCGCUAUAGCGCUUCUCCUCUUCGCCUGUCUCUGCUUACGCAAGCCGAAACACCCCACCACUCCCACCUCCGCCACCGCUGCCGCCGCUGCUGGUGCUGGUGGUAUUCUAGGUGGGGAGAGGGAUGCUGAUGAGAAGGGGCAAGAGGGGAGGAUGGAGAGAGGGGAGUCUCAGGUGGUGGGGUCUUUCACCAAGUUUCUGAGUACCCCUUCGCGGAAUGCCGCUUUGGCUGCCCCCCCUCCACCUUCCCCCGCUGCGCAACCGCUGCCAGGGGGAGGGGCGGAUGGGAGCCGCCCUGCGCCUGCAGCAGACGGGGAGGGGGGGGAGGAGGGGAAGAAGGGGAAGAGGGACGGGCGGGGUAGUGAGAGGCAGGGAGGAGGGGAGAAGUGGCAGGGAAGCAAGUUAGGGCGUGGGAUGGAGGGGAGUGGGGAAGAUGGCGCUGCAGCUGGUGGAAUGGCUGGUGAUGGCACUGGUGGUGGCGCCGGUGGUGGCGCUGGUGGCGCUGUGGUUGAUGGUCCUCCCGGUAGAGCUGCUGUUGCAGCUGCUGCUGCUGCUCCGAUUGAUGUGCCUGCUGCUGCUGCUGCUGCCGGGGCUGGUGGAGCUGCGGUAGGGGCUGCGGCAGGUGCUGCUGCUGCUGCUGCUGCUGCUGCUGCUGCUGCUGCUGCUGCUGCGAUAGGAGUGGCUGCUGGUUUUGCUGCUGCUCGCAGUGACCACAGGGACUCCCCCAACAGCACUGCGGGUGCAUGCAAUGCAGAAGACGCUGGUCUCUCUACACCUGGUGCCGCUGCUGCAACUGCUGCUGCUGCAACUGCUGCUGCUGCCCCAGCUCCUGCCUCUGUCACUGCUGCUGCUGCUGCUGCUGCUGCUGCUGCUAUCGCUGCGUCCACCCCCCAUGCAAGCAACAACACCCCCCCAACCACUAGCAGCAGCAGUGGGGCCAUCACUGGAAGCGCAGCCACCUUUAGCAGCAGCGACAGUGCCAGUGCCAGCGCCAGCAGCGGCGGCGGUGGCGACGGUGGCAAUGGCCUGGGCGGUCAGCGGAAAUGGUCACAGGGGAGUGGGCGGACGUACGGGGAAGACGCUGGGGGAGUGGAGAGUACAGAAACUCUGGGGGAAGUGGAGAGCCGAAUGGCAGGUGGAAUGGCGGAGAGCCGAAUGGCAACCGGAGGGAUCAAGAGGGGAGCAGCAGCAGAUGAGGGCUAUGGUGGGGACAAGGACAGCGAGACGGGACUGCUGCUGCCGCCUCUGCCUCCCCCUGCCAUCCCAUUCACCUCUUCUUCCCCCUUGCUGAGCCCCACUCAACCUCCGCCCAUCCCCACAUCUCCCCCCACCUCUGCCGCCCUUGCUGCUGCUGCUGCUGCUGCUGCUGCGACUGCGGCUGCUGCUGCAUCUCCAAGCUUGGCAAGCCAUGGCGUGCCACCACCCCAUGCUAGUCCUUGUACUGCAUCUGCCUCUGCUGCGGCGCUUCAGGGCACCUCUCCUCGAUCUGUCGUCUCAUCCUCCCACACCCCAUCCCCCAAGCCCACAUCUCUCCCCUCAUCCGCCUCCCCCUCCCCAUCUCCCCCCAUCGUCAUCCCCCCUGUUGUCCCCCUACCCUCCCUCCGCUCCCUCGCCCACCACCGCUCCCCCCUCGUCGGCUCCCACACUGCCGCAGCAGGGGGAGCAGGGGGGGCAGGGGGGCAAGCAGGGGUGCAACCACACACCCCACCUUCUUUCUAUCUCUCUGGAAGUCCCAAGUCCGGCUCCCCACACACUCCCUCCUCGCUGCUUCCUCCUGCUGCCCCUCCUGACUCCGCUAUUGCUGCUGCUGCUGGCGGUGCUGGUGGUAUCACUGCCACCACAGCCGCUGCCGCUGCUGCUGCUGCUGCAGGUGCUGGUGCUGCUGCCACAGCAGCUGCUGUUGGCUUGCGAGGGGUAUCCAGCGAAGGGGGUGCAGGGGAAACAGGGGCAGGGUCAACAGGGUCAACAGGGUCAACAGUAACUGCAGUAGGGAGUGGAGGCGGUGGGAAGAAGGAAGGGGGUGCAGUGGCAUCCAGCCGUCUGCCUGCGUAUGGCGGAGCUGGUCGGGCUUUAAGAGCCGCGGAUCUAGAGGAGGAUAGUGAGAGCGGGGCGGAUGGGGGAGGGAGGGGAGGAGGAGGGGGUACAGGGGGUUCGGGAGGGGUGUGGAGCAGUGAGGAGGAGAGCAGCACGUGGAGUGAGAGUGAUGGGAGUGUGAUGGAGGGGAGGAGAGACCAGCUGGGCCGCUCCGUGUCAGAAGUCAGUGGACGGACAUGGGGUGUUGGAGGGGCGAGAGGAGGAGGAGCAGGAGGAGGAGAAAGCAGAAAAACAGGAGGAGGAGGAGGAGGAGGAGGAGGAGGAGAAGCAACAGCAGUGGGAGGAGUGGGAGAGAGGGCAGGAGAGGCUGGGGAGGAUGCAGAGAAGGACGAGGCGAGCAGCGAGGAGAGCGAUGGCAGUGGGGGCAAGGAGGUGGAGCGGGUGUUUUCGUAUGCGGAGCUGGCUCUGGCCACCAACGAGUUUGGGCGGCAGGGGCAGCGCAACCUGCUGGGUGCAGGGAGGAAUGGCGUGGUGUACAGGGCGCGGCUGCCGGACGGCACCACUGUGGCUGUGAAGCGACUCACCAACUGCAAUCCGGACCAGUCCCCUCGGGAGUUCCGGUUUGAGGUGGAGGCAGUGGCGCGCGCGCGGCACCCCAACAUAGUGGCGCUGCUGGGGUGCUGCGCCGAGGGCAGCAGCGAGCGCCUGCUGGUGUCGGAGUAUGUGCCCAACGGCACCCUGCACUCGUGGCUGCACACCCCUGCCGCCACUGGCGGUGCUGCUGGUGCUGCUGGUGGGGCGGGUGCUCCUGCUGGUGGUGGGCCGGCUGAUGGUGUUGCUUCUGCGCCCCUGGAAUGGAAGCUGCGAGUUCACAUUGCACUGGGAUGUGCACGCGGUCUAGCGUAUCUGCAUGAGGGUGCGGGCGUGCGUGUGGUGCACCGGGACGUGAAGGCGGCGAACGUGCUGCUGGAUGCGCAGUGGAACCCCAAGCUCGCCGACUUCGCCCUCGCCGCCAUCUCUGGCCGCCUGAACUCCCACGCGCCCUCGCGCCUCCUCGGCACCGUCGGCUACGUGGCGCCCGAGUACAUCAACACGGGGCUGCUGACGGACCGCAGCGACGUGUACAGCUUCGGCGUGCUGCUGCUGGAGCUGGUGGCCGGCCGCAAGCCCAUCGACACGCACCUGCCGGCGGAACAGGUGGACAUAGUGCGGUGGGUGAAGAGACUGUCAGCAGAGAACAGGGUAGCCGAGGCGGUGGAUGCGCGGAUAGCCGGGCAGGUGGGCGUGGACGAGGUGGAGUAUGUGGUGGGCGUGGCGCUGCGGUGCGUGGAUGGCAACGCACUCAAGCGGCCGAGGAUGAAGCAAGUGGUGGCCAUGCUCGAAACGGAGGACCCAACUCUGCGUGACGGCUGGGUAGCGCGCCGCCCCUCCUACCUCGCCUCGCGCUCCCUGCGGGACAGCCCCACCUGGCACGUGCACCAGUCGUCCCCCUCUGCUGCCUUCGCCCGUGCCAGCCCCCACGCCCACAACCCCUACAGCCCGCACCAACACUCCUCCACCCCUGCCUCCGCUCCCCACCCCCACCGCUCCGCCUCCUCUUCCUCGUCCCGUGGCCCUCUGUCCGCUAGCCCACGCCAGUAUAUGGGUCUUGGCAUGGGUGUAAGUUCUAAUAGCCCCAAUGCCCCUGAUGUAGCUGGUAUGAUUGCGUCGGCUGCGCUUAAAGCCGGCGGAGUGGCGGGCGCGGCCGUGGGCGUGGGGGGAGCAGGAGGUGUGAGUAGUGGCAGCAGCACGGGUGGGAUAGGGUAUGGUGGAGGAGGAGGGGGAGUCAUUGUGGGGGGGAGUCCUGGUAAAUUUGGCAGUCCAGGGAAAUACAACAGCCCAGGGAAAUAUGGAAGCCCGGGAAAAUAUGGCAGUCCUGGUGGUACUGCUGGUGCCACUGGCACCAAUUCUUCUCCGUCUCCCCCUGCUCCCUUGCACUCUUUACUACCACGCACCAGUGCUGCCAGCCCCCCAUUGGGACCGCAGGGCAGUGGCAGUGUCACUAGCAACAGCCCUGCUUCUGCUAGGGCCCUAGGAGGCCUAGGAGGAGGGGCAGGGGCUAGUCCCAGGGGUGGCAGUGGCAGUGCAAGCACGUAUACUGGUAGGAGUCCAAGGAAGUAUGAGGGGGCUGUAGGGAGGAGUGGUGGUGGUGAGGGUGCGUGGGGAGCAGGUGAGGUGAGCGGUGAGGGGAUCAUCCAGAGCCAUGCCAUGAGCAUAACAAAGCCACGGGCCCUCAGGAGUGGAUGGAGGAAGUGAUGGGGUGGGUAGAUUUUUCUCGAAGGGCUAUUGUGCAUAUGUGAUGAUGCGCUAUGUUGAAGAACCGCAAAUGUUCUCUAGAAGAACCCAACACAUGGUCGGUGUUCUCUAACUAUUUCCUUGAAGCCUUGCACUGGUGGGCUCUGGAAAAAGGCAAGAAUGUGUGAUGUGAGCCAUACAUCACAAGGAGCGAGCCAUUCUCUUGUGAAACACGAGUAACCCUGUACAACCA